UAAUGAAUACUAGUUGGAGAUAAAAGUUCGAAAAGGACAAACAAUAUCCUAGACAUCCUAUGUCACAUAAAAAUGGUACUUUCUAGUUUUAUUUUAAAAAGGUGGAGUUCAUAUGAAUUAAGAAGACGAUACCAAGCUUUUUUAAGUUGCUGGUGCCAUGAUGAAAUAAAUUGGUAGUAAGAUAGCUAAAGGGGAUUUUAAUUUAGCUACUAUUCCUAAACCAAUAUGUCUGACAGCUCCCUUAACAUGCAAUGAAUGUCUUCUUUUGUAAUGAUUAUGUUUAUAUUCUCAGUGAUUUUGAUUAUACCAACCUUUAUCUAACAGAGGCUGCUAAAUGUAGAGAUGCUUUGAGAAGAAUUUAGUUAGUUGUGGUCAAUGAAAUUGCUUAUCUACAUGGAACACACACUUAUUUGAGAUCAUUGGCUCCAAUCGAUCCUAUGAUUGGAGAGACUUGUCACAGAAUAAAAGAAGAUGGAACAGAAUUUUAUUGUGAAUUCAUUAAAGCUGAUCCUCCCACUACUCUUUAUCAUGUUAUUGGAGAUGGUUGGCAAGUGUAUGGAGGUGAGGUUGUCCUUGCUGAAAUUCAUCCAACAUUUUCUUAACUGAUUGGAAGAAACUUAAAGCCCAAAUAUAUAAAGUUUAGUGAUGGAAAGAUAUAUGAGAUUUCAGUGCCUGCCAUGAUUAUUAAUGGAUUAUUGAAAGGAGAUCGUGUACUCAACAAAUUGGAUGGUUUUGUUAUCAAGUGUGUACAAGAUAAAUUGGAGGCCCAGAUAAAUUUUAGUUAUGUUUAUGAAGAUAGCACAACUAAAAUAAAAAAUAAGUUGAUGUUUUGGUCAUAAUAAUAAUAAAAACCACUUUCAGAUUUGGUUGAUGUUAAAAUAAACAAAUUAAUUAAUGUAAUUAAUAAUAUUAUUAAUCAGACUGAUGAUGAUAAUAAUAAUUAAAGUUUCACUGUUUCAACAGGAUCAGGAUCAUGGUUGUCUUAUUUUGAAAUAGAUGGGGAUGUUUGUUGGAGAAUAGAUGAUUCAAUAUCUCAAUGGGAGAAACCGUCAAAUUUGAUACCAAGUGAUUCAGCAUUUAGAUAAGAUAAAAUACUUAUGCUUAAAGGAUAAGAUGAUGCUGCAUAAAUGUAAUGAAUUUACAUAAUCUAAGUGCAAGAAAUAGUAUUGAAAAAUAAGGAUAAAAGGAUGCAAAUUAAAGAAAAAGGAGGAGAUGAGU